AUGCUCAGGCUCGCCCUGCUUGCUCAGUCGGCGUGCGCCCUUCGCAUCGCCCCGCUAAUGACGGCUCGCUCUGCUGCAACCAUGGCCGACGCCACCAGCUCCGCGCCCGAGCUCCUCUUCGAGUCUCCCGCCUCAACACUGGGCAAAGCGGCCUCGACGGUGGUUGUUGGGCGGCAAACUGCGCUUCUCGAGCUGUCGCCGACGCUCCUUCCUGCCGGCGUGCCCGUGGAUCUCUGGAAGGCGCUUGUGGGUAAAGUCAAGCCCGGUGACGCGGGCGGCUCCGCAAGCACGAUGUACACCGCUGCAGACGGCGAGGCCAAGACGCUGGUCGCCGCCGUGCUGCCCGAGCACUGCUCGCGGCACAAUUCUCCGAUUCGCCCGCACGCGAUCACCUCGCUCGUCGCCCCCGCCGCGACCGACGCCGCCAAGGAGGGCGGCGGUGCCGCCGUCCUCCUCGUCCUCGAGGAGCCGGCGCACGCGGCCGGCGCAGCCUGCGCUGUCGCUCGCGCCUUCCCGCUCUACUCGCAGAAGAAGCUGCGCCAGCCGGCCGAGCCGCGCGGGUGCGUGCGGGUCGGCUUCGCCACCCGCUCUGCCGCCAUCUCCGACGGCGCCGGGAGCGUCUACGGGCCUUGCGCGAAAGCGGCGGCGGGCGUGCGGCUGGCGGCACGGCUGGUCGACGCGCCUCCCGAGCAGCUCACGACGACGGCCUUCGUGCAGGAGGCGGGGGCGGUGGCGGCGCGGCUGCGCGAGCAGGGCCGCGAGGUGCUCGUCGAGGUCAUCUCUGGCGACGAGCUGCGCGAGCGCGGCUACGGCGGACUGUACGGCGUCGGGAAGGCUGCGACCGAGCCGCCGGCGCUGUGCGUCCUCUCGCACGUGCCGGACGGUGCGAGCAAGAAGGUUUGCCUGGUCGGCAAGGGGAUUGUGUACGACACGGGAGGGCUCGCCCUCAAGCCAAAGGAGGGCAUCCCUGCUGCAGGCGCCGCCGGGCUGCUCGGCGCCUUUGAGGCGGCGGUCUCCAUCGGCACCGGAGGCACGGCGCUGCACUGCGCCCUCUGCCUCGCUGAGAACGCGAUUGGGCCGACGGCCUUCCGCAACGACGACGUGCUCUGCUUCUUCUCUGGCAAGACGUGCGAGAUCAACAACACGGACGCCGAGGGCAGGCUCGUCCUCUCGGACGGCGUCGCGCACGUCACCGCCUCGCCCAGCCUGCUGCCGGGCGGAGGCUCGCCCGACCUCGUCGUCGACAUGGCGACGCUCACCGGUGCGCAGAUGGUCGCGACGGGGAAGCACUUCGCCGCCGUCUUCACGAACGACGAGGAGACCGAGCGCGCCGCCGUCGCGGCGGGGAGGCGCACCGGCGACCUCGUCCACCCGGCACCGCCCUCCCCCUCAAGAGCGGAGCAAGGCCAGCCGGUGAAGCGCGCCUCACGCCCUCGCGUGUGCAAGCAGGUUCCUUACGCGCCGGAGUUCCACCGCGCUGAGUUCGCCUCCAAGGUCGCGGACUGCAAGAAUUCGGUCAAGGACCGGGGCAACGCGCAGGUCUCGUGCGCUGGCAACUUCAUCGGGGAGAACUUGCACCCCGACUUUGAAGGCGCGUGGCUCCACAUCGACUGCGCGGGGCCGGCCUUCCACGCCGACCGCGCCACCGGCUACGGCGUCGCGCUCGUGCUCGGGCUGCUCGAGGUCGAGGGCUUCGCGCCGUAG